CAUACUUAGCGAUUUGUCAGAAUUUUGGCCUCCAUCUGAUUCUGAAGAAUCCUCAUUCACAACUCCGUUAGAAGACUGUUGGCGUGUUCUUCUCUUCCCCAUUCUUCAACACACUGUCACAAUAUUAAUCUGAAUUUAGGCAGAAGGUAUUUUUGGAAAAAAUGCAUUAUUUUUCCAAAUAAAAACAAAAUUGGGGUCAAAUGACACUUUUUUUUGUAAUAAAGAGAAAGUUCAAUAACGUCGAACAAAAUAAAGACUUCAGUACAUUAUCACUAUUAUAGUUACAUUGUACGAUUUCUUAAAUGAAUAACGUAAAAAUAAACGUUGACCACAGAAUUCAUGACAACUUAAGAACCUCGCAGACGAUUCUUCGAUAUAACACACGUGUUCCUGACAUGCUCCUACUUAGCCAAGUCGAGGUAAACACAGCAUCUCAAAAAUGAGGGUGCUGUAUUAUUUCAAAAGUAAUAACAACAACAAAAAAACUGCAGAAACUUAAACUUAAAUAGGAAACAAUAAAUGGACUAACAGACACUGAAAAUCAUUCAAAAUAUUAACUGACACAAGUACACACGGGAAGACCAUAAGCAGGUUAUUGAAUUAAUAACACACGAACCACUGAAGCAAAAGAUAAAGGGAUAAAGACGAAGUAGACCCUAGACAAAAUAAAUCUUCAAGUAGACUUACACGUCUUCCCCUGUUUCUUUAACAACCUGUGGAUUUGCUGUCAGGCAGAUUCUCCACGUAGUAGGGGAGCCCACUACCUACUUCAAUGGAUUGCUUGAUGGAGUGGGUAGAAUCCUUAAUUCAUACGCUCAACAGCCACUCAAAAUGGUACAUUGCAAGUGCGAUUACAUCUUGCUACAUGUUGUAUUAUCUGUUCGAAGUAGUGAAGAAACCCAUCUUAGCCACAAAGCCAAAAGGAAAAUUUUCAGAGCUCAUUGAAAAAAAUAUGCCAAUUUUAAAAGAAAAUUUUUGGCCAACAUUGUGGUGUAUAGAACCAAGAGCUCAAACUAUCAUUCCUUUAUUUGUGCGAAAAAGAUCCAUUCCAGUAGUACCAUAUAAGAGAGAAAUCUUGACUUUGAAAGAUGGAGGAGAACUUUGCUUAGAUAUUCUAGAACCAAAAGAAGGCUUACCAUCCAAUGCUCCAACAAUUAUUGCUAUCCCAGGUAUAACAGGCAGUAGUCGUACUGAUUACUCAAGGGGAUUAGCUUGGACGGCACAAAGUCUUGGAAUUAGAUUUAUUGCUUUUAAUCAAAGAGGGUCAGGAAUUCCCCUUAAGACUGCUCGUACGUAUUGCGCUUGUAACUACGAAGAUUUUAUGGAAGUUCUUGAUCAUGUUAAAACGAAAUAUGAAGGUUCAUUGUUGGGCGCUGUUGGCAUUUCUAUGGGUGGGUUGAUUCUUGGUAACUACCUUUCAUCACCUGAGGGAGCGAAAACACCGAUCUCCUGUGCAAUGUUAAUAUCUGUGCCAUGGAAUGUCCACAUUGGUAUGAAAAGUUUGGAGACACCGCCCCUGAAUACGGUUUUCAACAGGCGGAUAGCCACCAGACUCUGUGGCAUCAUAAAAAAAAUGGACCCCCCUCUCCGUCCUGACAAUUAUGAUGAUAUCCUUAAGUGCGAAACUAUUAGAGAUUUGGAUAAUAACUACACAGCAAGGGCGUUCGGAUAUAAGGAUGCCAAUGAUUACUACGAUCAUGCUACCAUCCACGACAAAAUACACAAAGUUACUUUACCUGUGCUUUGUCUAAAUUCUGCUGAUGAUCCAUUCCAACCAGUUGAAGGUAUUCCACUUGAUGUAGCUAACAAAAUGGAUAAUAUUUGUAUUGCGGUGACAUCAAGAGGUGGACACAUCGGCUUCAUGGAAGGAAUUUGUCCCACAAACAAAGAACAAUAUAUGUUCAGGAUAUUUUAUAAAUAUUUUAAAACUAUGCUUCUUGAAGAUGGAGUUAACAACUUUAAGAAGGAAGAUGAUGUUUCGAUAUAAGAAAUGAACUAUUUUUUUUAUUCUAUUUUUUUUUUCUCCCUCUAACAACAAAAUAAGAAAUUAUCUUUAAGUGGAGUGUGAUCUAUCUUUCAGAAGAUCAGUCUUAGUUUAAACCUUUUUUUUGUUAGGUUUAUGUAAAAUUUAGCUUUCUUGAUAAAUUGAUAAAGGUUUGGAUUGUUUCAGAAUCGACUAUAUUCUCUUAUUUUCUAUUUCUCAGUAUUAAAUUCCAUUUCUGUUGAAUUAUCAUUGUUGCUCGAUCCAUUCUUGAUACAUACAGCAUCACAUUGUCUUUGUUUGUUUUUCAUAGAUAAAUUAACACAAUGCUCAAUUGUUUCAUUUUCGAAUUUGGCUCUUUCUGUGUUCCAAAUAUAAAAUAUCGCUAUAGAAAUCCAUUUUUCUCGAGAAAAAGCUGUAUAAAUUAUAAAAUUUACCUAAACCUGACAAAGAUCAUAUUGAAACAUUAAUGGGUCUCAUCAUUGGCCACCGUCUGUUUAAAUAUAGUUUAAAAAACAUUAAGUUAAACCUUGGCUACUAAAGACCUUAGCAUUGCUGAAGGUAUAAUAGUACAAAUCUAAAAGGAUCUAAUGCUCUAACCCCAAGGAAGUUAUUCUAUUAAAACAAAUAUAUCCAUAAUCGUGGAUUGAUGGUUGACUGUAGUGAAUAAUUGAAGAAAAGAUUGGUUGGGAUGUUCAGUAAAAAUAAGUAAAUUGUAUUUAUUUUUAUAUUUAUAUUCAUAAAUACAAUUUAUUUAUUUUUACAUUUUUUUACUAAACACCUCAACCAAUCUUCUCUUCAAAAAAAUAUAUCAUAUGUUAAGAUAAUACCAUUUAGGUAUUAACCCAAAAGUAAAAUUUGACUAACCAGAGCUACUAUUAAAAUAUUGAUGUGUUGGUUCUGAAAUCAGAGUUCGAAAAAAGAAUGCAAAAACAAGGAAGUUAAAGAAAAAGAUUUUUUCAUAUUAAUAUACAUGUUAAGAUAAAUAAAUUAUGAUAAGGAGCUAAAAGAUAUUGUUAAAAAUGGGCUCAUCUUAUUAUUGAAGACUCUGGUAUUGCGUAACAGUCCCUGAUUAUAAUUUUAUUUGAAAAAAUAUAAGAGAGCAGGAUAUAUUAGUGAGUGUACGCCUAUUCUCUGUAGCUCAGGUUUGAAUGUGGCUAUUUAUUUAUGCAUUUGCAGCAGGCAAUUAUUUAUUCUAUUACAAUGACCUUGGGGUCGCAAGACCUGUCUUGGGCACUCUGCCUCUUUGCGGUCCCUUAAUUGGCAGAAAAACAUGUCGGUUAAGCGUGAUUAUGAUUAGUCAAAUCACCUUCCAAAACUUAAGAAAGUAAUAUCAUGUUAAAAUUUUCGAAUCUAUCGGCGCGUUAGAAUCCAAUAUGGCGGGUUGACAUUUAUUUUAUGGCGGAUCCACGGGAUGAAUCUCUACCUUCUCACUCUGGUUUGAAUAGGUUUGAUUGUACCUUCAGAGCAGGUGUUUUCAAACUUUUUUGCCCGCAGGACAUGACUGGUGAUGAUAAAAAGAUCUUGUUCUAUAAACGACAUCUCAGUUGUUAAAUUAGCUUUCUAAGAGAAAUAUGACAUGUAAUAAAUGUUAUAGUUACCUCUUGUGUGAGUAAAAUUUGUUGAAUUUACAUUUUUUAAACAGUUUUACCGGGUAACCAAAGAAACUGGCGAAUCGGACUGGAAGUGCUUGCAGGCUAUAGUUUAGAGACUCCUGAAAUUGUAAGGGGGGAGGGUAAUGGGGGAAAAAAAAAACCAAGACAUUUUGACUGUCAGCCGCAUGGAUUAUAUGGUAUUUUUGUUCCAGAAUGGAAAAACUAUAUUAUAAAUUAUAUUGUAGACAGUUGCUUGAUCUUCAAAACUUGUGUUGAAACCAGACUUGAUAUUUCGCUUCUUUGUCUCAGCAAUGUAAAUAAUAUUUUUGGACAAAAUGAUGAUGGGUGUUUCUGAAUCUCCUUUUUCUAAUCCACACGAUAAACUAACUGUAUCUACAAUCUUUAUAGAAAUAGUAUAACUACUGAUAUGACAAAGUUUUUACUGAAAGAAUCGGUUUACUUUUCAUUGGUAAUCCAACCAUACUUUUUUUUAUCUGCUUACUUUUCUUGACAGCCUUCUGAACAUUCUGUCAAAAAUCUAUGGAUGAGAAUAUAAAAAUAAAAAGUUGUUAAUUAUCUAAAUCGUGGACUAAUGAUCGCAAGGUACCAGCUUCUGCCUCAAUCCAGUAUUUUAUGAAGAGAAUCAGAGUUCCAUUGGCUUUUCAACAAGCCACACAAGUAAUAAUUGUUUUAUAUUAUAGGUAAUAACUAUUGACCGGGCUACUUUACAUAUGGUGUCAUAACCUUGGACCACCUCAUUAUUCCUCAAGUACCAGUGGUAGUGUAUAGUAAGUGCACUCAAAAUGAGUUUCCUUCCUUUUUUGGUUGAAAGUCCAAUAUAAAAAUAUAUUUGUUUUAUCUUUGAAGGGUGUAUCAAGAAGGGUCUAUAAUUAUAGUAUUAGAAUAAUUAGAAAUAUUAAAUAAAAGUGAUCGGGUUUCCAUGGGAACUGGUGCAAAAAACCUAAAAGAACAUGGGAAAUAUAUAAAGUAAUUCAAUAACAUAUUUAAAUAAAUUAAAUGAAAGGAAAAUACCUUAUUAUUCUGGGACUAGGGUCCCUUUAGAACAAAUUAAAAAUAAAGAUAUUAGUUUCCAUAGUUAAAAAUAUAGGUAAUAAAGAGAAAUUAAUAAAAAUAAAAUAAAUAAAUAGUAUCUGGAGAGUCUUGCAUACAUUUCAUGAUCAAGUUGAUUGGGUGCUUAAAGAGAAGAGAUUUGAAUAUCAGGAGGGAUAUAAUUACAGAGGGAGAUGUUUUGAAUUACAAAGGAUUUCUCAAAUAAAGCAGUUGGAGGAGGAGGAUAGAGGUUGGACUUGGGGAUUGAAUGGAGGAUUUAAAUUAUAAUCUCUGUAGAAUAUAGGAGGGUCACUGAGACCUAAUAACCUGGCACAGGAAGGUAGUAAGGAAGUACUGAUGGCAGUGGGACAGAUAGAGCCAAUUCAACUGGGUGUAAUAUGCCUAUCUCAAGAUUCUGAAAACAAAACGUAUUGAGCAAUUCAUCAGGCGUUUAAGUUUGGUUUCGAAUUCUUCUGAAAGUCCACUGUACACCAUACAGGCAUAGUCAAAGAAAACGAGAGAGAAAACUAGGAGUUGAGGGGAUUAUAUGGAAGGAGGUAGCGAAGAUGGUUGAACUGUUUUAGGGUAGAGAUAGUGUGGCUUCCAGGAAAGGGUUUCAUUUAAGAUAACAUCAAAAUUUUUAAUGGUAGUGUGCAAGGAGAUAGGUAAGUUGUCCAGUAGAAGAUUGGAAGGUACGCUAAUGGAUUUGAUGAGUGAGGGGGAUCAGAUCAGGAUUGCUUUGGUCUUAUCAGCAUUUAUAGAGUUGCCCAAGCGCAUAUCCUAUUGAUAUCUUCCUGCAUUGCGAUUGGAUACAUUCGAG